AAGAAACAGAGAGAUAAAGGAAAUCAGGGAGAGAGAGUAGAAGAUAGUCUGGAGCCAAGCUGGCUAACACAAGAGGGGCUCGUCGGUCGCAACGUUCCGAUUGACGCGCAAAGCAAAGUUUAACCAGAAGGAUUCAUUUAGAGGGUGGGGAUCCGAGAGUUUAUAAGACACGAAAAACCGGUCGCGAGGCUACCAAUCGAUAGUACGCAAAACCGCACCGAACAAUCGCAUCGCGAAGCAUAUACGAAAAAAGGUGAAAAAGCGAUUGAGAAGAAAGAGAGAAAAGAAAUUUUAAAAAACCGAGAGAUUCUAACGCGAAAAUAUUCAGAUUAUUCGGACAAACGAAGGCUUGGUGAUGACUUAAGUACUUGCAAAUCGAAGAUUUUUAUAAGAAUAGAUAUAAAAACGAUCAAUCUUUUUUUGUGCUCUUUAUUUUUUUCGCCGUGUGUGCUGUAGCGAGUUCACAGAUCGAAGAAAACAAUUUGAGAGAAACAACGCUCCCUGUGACAUUGCUCUUAAAAGAACGCCUUCAACUCUUUACAGCAAGUAUAACGACAAGAUCACGAGGGAAUGACGGAAAGAGUUAAGCAACAAGUCGCCGCUAGGACAAGCUUGUGUCUACUGGUGGCACUCGUAUUGUUCUGUGUUACAAGCAGCGACAAAAUUUUCGUGCUCGCGGAACCCGAACCGUUGACAUCGAGCUUUGUUUCGUUUAACGACAAUUUGAUGGACGCCGAAAGUCUUAUACUGGUAAACCGCUUAAAACAUCUGACCGAGGAAAAGCAUCAAAUUGCCGAAAAAGCGCACGAGAUCACCGAUGAGCAAAUCGAGAUCCAAGCGAUGCUGGAAGCAAAAGCCCGCGAGAGAGAACGCGCAAUCGCCGAGCAACAAUUGCCCGACUACUUCAGCGAAGAAACAGAGCCGGAAGCACUACCCUUGCCCGCGGCUAGAAUCAAUCACGCCGAACAACCAUAUCCGACUAAACGACAAAACAGUAACGGAGUGAGUUUUUCAGAUAUGUCUCUGUGCCACUUCAAGAUCUGCAACAUGGGACGCAAGAGGCAAUCAAAAUAAAUCUUUACACGGUACGAAAGAGAGUUUGCGACGGAUACGACAAGACUCGAGAAGAAAACUGAUUGUGCUUUAAAGAAACAUUAAGUAAAAAAAGCAAAAGAAACACCAAUAAAACACAGCUUUUGUCAUAGUAAACUGAGAAUAAAUUAAGCGUGUAGCAAGAACGAGCGAUUUCAGCUGCUUGUUUGCAAUGUUUCAUUUUUGUAAAAAGUUUAAACUUCAAAAAUCGGAAGAGCAAAACUAUUUUACUAUCAGUUUUAGUUGAUGAAUAAAAUGACCGUUUGCCCUUCGUAAAAUCUUAUCUAACACUGAACAGCUAAAUUAUUGGCAAGACGCGUUAAAUCUUCUGACAGAAAAUCGAUAAAAUAUAAAAUACAAAAAGAGAAAAAGUAGAAACGCUAUGCACAUCAAAAGUAUAUUUUUUUAAAAUAAAAGACUAUCGCUUUUUCUUGCUAUUUCUUUGUGACAUGAUUGAUGAUUACUAUACCAGUAUUACAACCGCACGAUAUCAAACUUAUAUCCGUAUAUGUAAAGAUUUUUAUAGCGCGCGGUAUGUCCGCGACGUGUCCCACGAACGCAAAAUGAAAAAGGUACAAAAUAUUGAACAAAAUUUUUUAUUUAACGAAUGUCAAUUCUUAUCAGUGUCUUCUCCCUUUUGCAAUAUGGCUGCAUACGUAGGAAAAAAAUAUUUAUUUGAAAAAUAUCACAAAUCGUUCUUAGCUACCAAAGAAAUAGAGAAAUUGUUUACUUGUUCGAACGAGAGCUAUGUCGAACUGUCCGACAACAGCUGUUCGAAAGUUGACGAAAUAUUGAAUAUGUAUAUGAUAUAAAUCUGGAGAAGUAUCAAUUCAGAGAGAAAGAGAGAGAGAGUAGUGAUUGAUUGGGCAAAAAA